AUGCCGCUUGCACCACACUACACCUGGUCGGAGACGGACGCAUCCUUAGAAGUGACCGUGGACGUCCCGGGGGUCUCAAGCGCCAAGGCCGAUGUCUUCGCGACGGAUGCCUUUCUCAAGGUCAACUGUCCGCCCUACCUUUUCGCGCUAGACCUCUUGAAGGAAGUCGACGACAGCCGCAGCUCCGCGACAAUCCUCCCGGGGAAAGUUGUGUUCAAGCUCUUAAAGCGCGAGCCUGGUGUAUGGAGCUGUCUAGCGGCAUCAGGCGACAAGGCGGAGCUCACUCGCCGCCGUAACGCCUCCAUAGACCGGGCCUAUCAGCAUCUCGAGGAGGCGCGUAGGGCCCGCGCGGCCCGCAAGCAGCAGGAAGACAAAGAUGCCACCCAGCGGUCUAUGGAGGUCGAUCGCCGCAAGCGUCACGAGAUGGACCGGCGCAAGGCGGAAGAGCUUGCAGCGGAGCGGGCCCGGCUGGACGAGUGGCAGAAGGGGCUGGGGCCCAAGGAAGCACCACCUCCGCCGUAUCACGACGUGGGUACUGGAGGUAUCGAUGUGGCGCCAACCGCUGCGGAAUUCCUCGCAGGCGGGGGCGCGGAGGGCGCGGAUGGGGAGUCAGAUUACGAGGAGGAGGAGGAGGAGGAGGAGGGGACGCGAGCGGCGCCGGAUCAUCCGGACUACUACGGACGGGGGUGGAGGCCUCCGACGGACACCAACACCACCCCCAGUGCCGCUAUCGCCGCAACCGAUGACACGACGACGCGCAGAGCCGCCGGGGCCGCAUUACGUACCACCAGCACCAGCAGGGGGAGACUCCGACGCAAAGGGGGCGACGACGGCUCCAGCGGCGACGGGGACGGCGAUGACGACGGCAGAAACGGCGAAGCCGGGAAGGAAGAGGAGGAAGAGGAUGAGGAGACUGCAGCGUCAGGGUCUGUGUCUCCGGCACCCCGGUCGGGGCGGGGACAGCAGCUCAGAGCAUGGCCGGAGACCUUCAAGCCGUUGCCGCCGCCCCGACCCCGACUCGAACCCGUGCAGGUCAGCUUCACUAGGUUGGAGACGGGCCACCUGCCAGCUAGGGAGCAGCGAGAGGAGGAGAUACGAGCGUUCAGGAAGCAGACGCGCGCGGCUGCCGCUGCCGACCCUGACGCGGUAGACCUGGCUGAGAGGCAGCCGCUGUUCCUCAAGGACAAGGGAGAUGAACUGUUCAGGACGGGAAACUACAGGCUGGACUUGGAUUUGCUUGAGGCGGCUGAAGCCGCGGCGCUGCGGCGACAGCUGGUACGGCUGCUGGUACGGCGGGCGCAAGCUAGGGUGACGCUGGCGGGGCGAGUUGGCCCCGCCGCCGCCGCCGCCGCCGCAUCUGCCGCCGCCAGCAGCAACAACAGCAGCGGAGCCGCGGGUGAUCAUCUUGCGGCGGCGCUCCGAGACUACGAAGAAGCGAUGCGUCUGUCCCCUGGCGAGCCCACCCUGGAGUCGGACUACCAGGAGCUGGCGGCCGCCCUCAGACCCGCUGACGCCGCGGCGCUGAGGCAGCGUGGGGAUGCGAGGUUCAGGUCGGGUGAUUUCGAGGGUGCAGCGGAGGCGUUUGGCGCUGUGUUGGGGCUACCCAGGAGCCGAGUUGCGGGAGCAGCACCCCCGGCUCUUUUGAAUGGGGUAGCAGAGUACUCCACGGCCGCGAUUGAGCCCCCCCAGGGUGCCAGCUUGCUGGACGACGUCGAUGACUGA